AUGGCAGGCGCUAAUAAGCCGUCCUCGUUCUCCUUUGUUUAUGGACUGCUCCUCUUCUGCUUCAAUAUUCAACUUCCAUUGCCUCUCUCUUCUUCUGCUGCUGCAGCGGCAUCAUCUUUGCACAGCGGACAUGGCUUCACGGUUGAACUCAUCCACCGCGACUCCCCGCUCUCUCCAUUCUACGACCCUUCCAGCACCAAGUUCGACCGCCUCACCAGCGCCUUUCGCCGCUCAAUGUCUCGCGCUGCUCGCCUCAACUCCUCAUCAAAGUGGACUGACGAUGAUGGUCUUCACGGCAUCCAAUCCCAGAUUUUCGCCGCCAACGGCGAGUAUCUGAUGAACUUAUCCAUCGGAACCCCACCUUUCCAGAUGCUCGGUAUCGCCGACACCGGCAGUGACCUUACUUGGCUGCAGUGCCAACCUUGCUCCCACUGUUUCCCUCAGGUCGCUCGCUUGUUCGCUCCCAACACCUCCUCCACUUAUACAAACUUGCCUUGUCAAUCACAGCUUUGCCAAGCUUUCGAUGGCUCCAUUUGCGGCAGCACUGCAGGCAGCAACUGCCAGUACAAAGUCACCUACGGAGACCAAUCUUACAGCAUCGGCGAUCUCGCCGCCGAAACAUUCACCUUGAUUUCUACCUCCGGACGUCCUGUUCAGGUUCCGAACAUGGCUUUCGGCUGUGGACACAGCAACAAUGGCGGCUUCGACAAGAGAGCGGAUGGCAUAAUUGGCCUUGGACGCGGCCCACUCUCCAUUAUUAAUCAAAUGAGCGACUUAGUCGAUGGAAAGUUCUCCUAUUGCUUGGUGCCCUUGGACACAAAUUCAAGCGUGACGAGUAAGAUCAACUUUGGGGAGGCUGCGGUGGUUUCCGGCUCCGGCGUGGUGUCAACGCCGCUGAUCAAAAGUACAGUCGACCCCUUCUAUUACCUGACGUUGGAGAGCAUUUCAGUGGGAAACAAGACCAUAACAGUACCUUUGAGGAGUAGUGGAAUAUCAAAAGCUGGUGGUGGCAAUAUCAUCAUCGACUCGGGCACGACUUUGACAUUGCUGCCGGGCGAUUUUUACAGGGAUUUAGAGUCAGAGUUGAAACAGGUGAUCCAUGGAAGCUCCGUUUCUGAUCCGCAAGGGCUGUUCAGCCUCUGUUACAGUAAAGGCAGUGGUUUUAGCGUGCCGGCGAUAACGGUGAGGUUCAGCGGGGGAGAUGCCUUGGAACUGCGGCAGUCGAGUACCUUCGUUGAGAACGGAGAUUUGUUGUGCUUUGCCAUGAUUCCUUCUGAUGAACUGGCUAUUUUUGGGAACCUGUCGCAGAUGAACUUCUUGAUUGGUUACGACCUCGAAAAGAAUCUAGUUUCUUUCAAGCCAACAGAUUGCACUGAGCACUGA